UUUGGAUCAAAAGGCACGCAACCGGUCGUGUUGGAAAUCCCCGAUUCAUACCUUCGCGGUUCCCAUGUCGGCGGCCAUGAUGCUGUCGGUGCUUCUUGCCGUCGCAGACGUGGCCACAUCCGCACCAACGACCGCCCUGCCGCCACGAGUGUCCGUUCAAAUCAGCACCACCGUCACAGAGUUUUCGACCAAAAUCCCAGUCAAUAUCCCCCAAUGCCAAUCAAAGGUGUGGACAUUGGACGGCCGAGCGUUCGAUUCUAUUGCGUCGUGCUCGUCCGCAGUGUCGACCAAAGUGGCCGUGAACGCUUUCCGCUGCAAAACGUACCGGGAGUACACCUUCCACAACGUUCGGGGCUGCGGGCAAUGUUACUACGGAUGGAGCUAUUCCCCGUCCAACAACCGUCAAGUCCUUCCGUGGAUCGACGCAGCGCAAGCCGCGGCCGCGGGGGUUGCCGUCAAAGGAUACUUUCUUCCGCAAGUGGUGUUUUCUCCGUUUUACAUGGAGAGCUGCAUCAUGGUCUACGAUAAGACCAUGCUCAGUCGAUGCGAUUACAUCAAUCGCACGGCGGUUGGUGGAUUGUAUCCUGCCUCGUGUGUCAAGGCAGCCACGCCGACGCUGGCGUUCGCCGCCGACUUGAAAGACGCCGCGUCGUGCAAAGAGUAUGCGGUGGUGGGGGGCAAGCUUGCUUGCAAAGUAAAUAUUUGAUCGAUCCUUGAGCGUCGUUGAUUGCGAAAGUGAGCAUUUAAGUCAUUUCAUGACAUUGAAAACGGACAAACAUGUACGGCGUGGUUUGUAUAGCCAAGCAUUCCCGA